ACGCACGCUGGGAGUCUCUCGUCUGCCCACUCGCUGUGGAGAUGAUGUCGCCUGACUGGUGGACGCUGCCGCUGCCGCUGCCGCUGCUGGUGGUGGUGGUGGUGGUGGUGGUGGUGUGGUGGCGCCGCUGGAGCGGACACUUUGCGCGGCAGGGGGCUCCGUCCCUGCGGCCGCUGCCUUUCGUGGGGAACAUGCUGCCACUGGCGUUCCGCAAGUUGGCCAUGCACGACAUCGUCAUCCAGCUGUACCACAAGCUCGACCCUCACGCCUACGGAGGAUUCUUCCUGUUUUCUGUGCCACUCGUAAUGAUAAGAGACCCUGAAAUCAUACGGACGGUCACUGUUAAAGAUUUUGACCACUUCACAGACCACUUUGUGCUUUUCGGCAACAGUAAACAUAAUCCAAUGUUGCGGCGGAUGCUGUUUUCGUUGAAAGGUAGAGAGUGGCACGACAUGCGGUGCACCCUGAGCCCAGCUUUCUCUUCGAUGAAGAUGAAGAACAUGUUCUUACUGAUGACCGAGAUUGGACACCAGAUGGUCGAGUAUUUGACGAAGAAAACAGCGGAGCAUGAGAUUUCUUCUGGCGGGGAAGGCACCCUCACCCUGGAGAUGAAGGACUUCUUCACACGCAUGACCAACGACAUUAUUGCAACCACAGCAUUUGGAGUCAAGGUGGACUCGCUUUCGGAGCCCAAUAACUCUUUCUACACGAUGGGUCGUGAUCUCACCACCUUCAGACCGACGGUCGCUUUUGGAUACCUGAUAUCACCGAAACUAAUGGAACUACUGCGCAUACCAUUCUUGGACCCAAAGGCCGUGGACUACUUCACGUCCAUAAUCUCAGAAACUAUUCGAACGAGAGAGAAACACGGAAUCAUUCGCCACGACAUGAUCCAUCUAAUGAUGCAGGCGCGACGAGGCGAACUAACAUCGCAGGAAGAAGAGGUAAACGGAACCACGGAAGUCAAAGGAAAGCCACCCCUUACCGAUGAAGACGUGACGGCGCAGGCGGUUAUAUUCUUCUUCGGCGGCUUCGAUACCGUUUCGUCUCUGAUGGUGUUCAGCAGCUACCUGUUGGCCACACAUCCGGACGUGCAGCGGCGCCUACAAAGAGAAGUGGAUGACGUCAUGCAGAAGAGCAGCGGCCAGCCCAGCUACGAGGAGGUCCUGGGAUGCCAGUACCUCGACAUGGUGCUCUCCGAGACCCUGCGCAUGUACGCGCCGCUGCCGGCCCUGGACCGCCAGUGCGUCCGCCCCUACAGGCUGCCGGCGGUGGGGAGGGGGAGCUGUCCAGGGCUGGAGCUGCGGCCCGGAGACGGGGUCUGGCUGCCGGUGCACGCCAUCCACCACGACGAGAAGUACUUCCCUGAUCCCGACCGCUUCGACCCGGAACGCUUCAGUCCGGAGAACAAGCACCUCAUCAAACCGUUCACGUACUUUCCGUUCGGGUGUGGACCACGUUUCUGCAUUGCUCAGAGGUUCGCACUGAUGGAGACAAAGGUGGUACUGCUACACAUGCUGUCCAAAUUCAGCCUGCAAAUAGUUCCCAAGACUCCAGUGCCGCUCAAAAUUCAGCCAAAGCCAAAUCUCUUGAUCCAAGGUGGCGCUUGGCUGGGCCUUCGACGCCGAACUUGACUGAUUGAGUGCGGAAACGAAACUUAGUCUAUGGCGACCUCAGCAGUGUGUCACAUUAAGCGUAAUGUACAAGAGAAACCGAAAGUUAAUGUCACUUAUUGAAAUAUUUACUUGCUGGAUCAAAGAAAAGUUUCAUAAUAUGCCGUUAACCAGGGAUAUUCGAAGUAUAGAAUACCGCCAUAUUAUUCACUCAGAUGAGUUUUCGAGGUAAUUAGUUUUCUUGCUUCCAGACGAGAUAUUCCUGAUUUGACAAACAUCUUUGUUAAUCUCUAGCCUAUGUAACUUCUUCAUACUGUUUUACAUGUUGCAGAUUACGCUAUCUUGUCAAUAAAGAAACUGGUUUAUAGAGUUUCACAGAUCUUGUCUUGGUGGCUGAGUUGGUGGGGAGUCGCGUUGAGACGCUGCCUGUCACCCGGUUCCGUAAGACGGAGGGACACGACGGCUGUUGAUUACCUCGCUACUUGAGAGUGCUGCUAGCGGACAAGCCCACCAGUCUCUUUACUUACUGGUGGGCUCUUUUUCCAUACAAAAAUUGAUGGCUUGAAAGUGGGUGCUCUACCUGGUGGACGGGCAGUCAGUGGGCACCUCAGGCCCUAGUUUAGACUCAGUCACAGCCUCUAUAUUACCGGUAAUGCUGGCGGCAUCACAGAAAUUCACCUACACUAAAACUGCAGCGACAGUGCGAAGAUUUUUACGAAAGAGUAAACACCUACAAAAUAAUUAAUGAUCGGUAUUUGGCAAGCAGGAUGGAAGUAAAUGGAAGGAGAAGGGAAAUGUAUGGAAACUAUCAACCAAUUGAUAGCACAACGAGAGCUAUAUGAAGAUAGAAGUUUCAGGAAAUUAUACUCGCUGAGUUACGUUAAAUGAGUGAGGAAAAAUUAGUAUUCCAGAAUAGGAGAGAGGUAGGGGAGAUUUUGGCACGUUUACGCACGGUCCGCGUUCAUGCAGAGCAGUUUUCUCGGGAAUCAUUCUUGCUGAAGCGCUUCCGAUAAUGGUUGAUAAGUACUGCCACAAGCUUCGUGGAUUCAGCGGAAUGAACAUUUUAGCGUGAAGAUCAUAUUUGUAUGCGCAAGGUGAGUAAAUUCUGAUACUCAAAUAUCGAAGCUCCUAGGGAGCACCACCUUUAGAAUUGACAAUAGGUGAAUGUACACUGAUCAGCCAGUACGUUAAGACCACCUACCUAAUAUAAUAGCCGGUGUGUCCACUUUUGGUACGGAUAACAGUGGCGGCGCAUCGUGACAUGGAAGCAGCGAGACCUCGGUUGGUCGCUGGAGGAACUGGCACAUCAGUAGCACACACGAGUCACCUAGGUCCCGUAAAUUCCGGGGAGAAGGGCGAUGAGCUCUGACGCCACGUUCAACCACAUCAACUGGAACUCUCCGCUGUGUUCCUCGAACCACUCCGUCACAUUCCUGGCUUCGUGACGUGGAGCAUUAUCAUCCUGAAAAAUGCCACUGCCGUCGGGAAACAUGAUCGUCAUGAAGGGGUGUACGUGGUCUGCAACCAGUUUACGAUGCUCCUUAUGCGAGCUCCUCUGGACCCAUGGAUGCCCACGUGACUGUUCUCCAGAGCAUAAUGGAGCCGCCGCCACCUUGUCUUUCUCCCACAGUACAGGUGUGAAAGAACUGUUCACCUAGAAGAGAAAAGAUUCGCGCCCUCCCAUCGGUAAGAAAGUAUCGGCAUUCAUUAGACCCUAUAACGCUCUGCCACCGCGCCAGUGUCCAGUUUCGAUUGUCUUCUGCCCAUUUCAGCCGUAGUUGCCGGUGUCGUGGUGUCAACACUGGCACAUGCACGGGUAGUCGGCUGCGGACUCCCAUCGUUAGGAGUGUUCGGUGCACUGUGAAUUCAGACACACCUGUACUGUGCCCAGCACUAAAAUCUGAUGCUAGUUUCGCCACAGUUCGCCGGCUGUUCUGUUUCACCAGUCUGCCCAGCCUACGACGUCCAACAUCUGUAAUGAGGGCUGGCCGCUCAACCCCACGACAGCUUUACAUGGCUUCACCUCGGUUUCACCAAGUGUUGAAGACACUCACCACAGCACUCGAACAUCCGACGGGUGGUGCGCAGUUUCCGAAAUGCUCGUGCCGCGCCUCCAGGCCGCCACAGCCUGCCCUCGGUCAAACUCAGAUAGAUCGCUCGCUCUCCCCGUUCUACACACGGACAGAACGCUCACUGGUACCACAUGCACAGUGCGUGGGCCUAACUAGCGGUCAGUCCUCGCCAGGAGACGCUGCUAUCGCCCGGACUGCUCUAUAUCGAUAGUUGGUCGAUGGUCAUAGUGUUCUGUCUGAUUAGUGUAUCUGCGUAUACAGGAGGUUAUGCUACAUUACAAGAUACAUUUGUACAACGUGAAAGCCUCAGAGUUACUACUGUAGUUUCGAAACUAAUUCUAACAUGACGAUUUGGCACGUUUACGCACUGUUUUGGUUUGCAGUCCAAACUGAUAUGCCAGUCAAGAAAACCUCAAGACAGUUGCAGACACAAUCUAAAAAAGUGGCAGCACAGGAGAAUAAGAGAUAGAAAUUACUAAAAGAGGUAUUUGAACGUAAUGAAUCUGAAGCAGAAAGAACUAAUUUUAUGAGAUCAACGACUGAUAAGGGCAAGAAAUUGCUAAAAGCAAGAACAGGCAAAAAUGUGGGUAGGCCUCCUCUGAUGUCACUAGCCUAGCACUCUGCCGAAAGGCAGGUCUGUCACGAGGUAACUCUCCAAGCUCUCCUGUCUUCCGCCACCUUUUUCGGGUCCGCUUCACUUUAUGUCGUCUAUCAUUUUGUCUCUCCUCCUUCAUCUCCGCCGCCUCUUUCGAACCAAUCCUUUAAAAGCGUCAGUUAACAAGCACUCUUAUCUCAACGAAUGUCCCGUACAGAUCUUCUUGCUUUCUUUUGCAACCAGUAGUAGUCUGGUGAAGAGAAUGAACGCUGCCUUUAUAUUUAUUGAUUGAAAAGAUACAACCUAUCAAAAAAAAUCGCGAAUGGUUCCACAGCUUUAGAUGUAAAAGGUGAGCUCAUGACGAAUGUAUCGUAGGAAACACAUCUUUCGUGUGCAGCGUGGACAACGAUAAUGAAUGGUCGUUCAAUUAGCAUUCAGUCUUCUGAGUACGCCAUAGCACGCUAACAGCUGAAAUUUCGCAGAAAAAAAAUUUCCACUAUAAUUUUUGUGUUUUUUGUGUUAAUUGAUGUAGGUAAACCUGUAUAAAAUAAAUUUAAAAACUUUACUAGUGCGUUUUAUUUACUCAUUAGUGUGUUCUAGGAUACGCGUAAAUGGACUCUCACAGGUGCUUAAUCCUGUCCUAUACCCGAUGUACGUUUACGCACUCGACCUCAGCCUAUGUAAAAUAGUUUUGCGCUCUUAAAUGUAAUGGUGAGUCAGAAGUAUGUAUUCCAAUUUCUACUUUAAAAUCGUGUUGUAAAGUUAAACUAUUUUAAACACGAUAAAUCCAACCAAUUCUUUUAAGAAGAUUCCGAAAGAAAUCCUCGCAAUUGCGCCUGAGUCUCCCCAGUGUCAGACGUAAAGCUGUGACGUAACGGAUAGGAGGGGGACGACGUGCUGGGCAUUUGCCCGCGAAAGACAAAAGUUAUGGGUUCGAGUCUCGCCAAGAUUUAACCUGCAACGAAAACCCAGAGCUGGUGUCCGCGCAACAACGACGGGUCGUGCAAGCGGCCCGUGGCUCGGUUUGCAUUUCUGGGCCAACGGUGGGCGUCUCCACCUCUUAUCUCGAACUGAAUGCGGGGGAAAAAUCUGUGCGAAGAAACAAUCAGAGAUAUCCGUGCUGUUUGCGUUCGCGUGCCCUGUGCAUGAGAUAGCGAAGUGCACCAGUAAAACAAAACUGGGAAUCACGAAGAUCCAUUCCGAAUGACGUCUGACCGUACACGUGAAGUCGUCUUGAGGUGCUCUGUCUGGUCCAUGAUACAGCCUCUGUGGCAACCACAAGACACGGACUGGAAUGGUACGAAGUUCUGGAAAUAAACUGAAAGAGAGAAACGAUCUUUCCAGGCGUAAUUUUUUUUUUUUUUUUUGUUUCCGCUACGCCUGUUCAUUAAAGCACUACGGUGGAGGCCCCGGAGAAGCGAUUGUACACAAAUACAGUGGUAAGCCUUCAACAGCGUAAUAGGUUAAAGAUAAAUCUGGUUGAUUUCCGUCUGGCUGUUUUUGUGAUGAAUUCUAGCACUGCGGUGAAGUUCCGCCAGGAAAGAACGUCAGCCUCUCGCCAGGAUAGUUCAACCACAGCGCUGCCAGCUCUAGGCCUGUACACCUGUCGGAUUUUUCUGUUGGGGUUUCCUAUCUUGAGCCGAACUAUCCUUUUCAAGGCACCACAAGCUCACCCUUUGCCCUCUCCCGUUUCCUACAAUCCAAGUGAUCUGCAUAGCCCCGGGCCCACACGAAAUUUGUUUCGUGGACGUGGUACUAGAAUUUAUUGUAAAAGCUCCGAAGAAAUCGUAGAGAUGUUUCUCAAAGUAUUGCUGCCACAAUUCACAAUGGAAAUAAUAAAUAUCCUAACAACUUAAUAGAGGCCACCAAUGCUCGCUGACUUUCGUGAACACAGAAAGCACAAAUACAGACUAAUUUUAAUAAAUAAAGACGUGCUGUAAGUGUUCAUAAAAUUCAUACAAACGAUAUCAUUCAUAGAUGUAGGAUCUCUAAUCGUAAAGGUACCAAAUUUUUAUUUUACUCUGUGCAUACUUCAAGGAUAGGAAGACACUUUACAGAGUGCAUUCGAUCAUUUAAAGAAGUUAUCUGAUGGAAACCACGACGGAAUUUAUAAAGCUAAUACAACGGUAAUGUUCUACAGAAAUAGUGCAGUCCGAAUCAAAACUGUUUUUUUUUUUCGAUGUCAAGACAUUCAACAAAGUCUCAUCAUCCAGAUAUUUUGGUUUGUCUGAAUUGACAUGAAGCCAGUAAAGCUCUUGAAAUGAAAUAGUGGACUACUUUCUGGCCACCCAAAACCGGCCGUUUACAUAUGUAAGAAGCAAAACAUGAGUCACGUACGCUAAAGACAGCAGUAAACAUUUCAGACAGAUAAAUGAAAGGAGUAAAAACUCUAGAAGAAGACAGAGAUUGCAAUACAUCCACAAAGUAAUUGAAGACGUUUACGCACGGAGCACAUUACUACUAAAGGGUGUACAUAAAGCCCGGGAAAAUUUUCAAUUAUUUGUUGCACAAGAACUAAACACUGUAAACAUUCGAUAUGCGAACCAUGAGUGACCCGGCAGACGUCACUACGGAAAUUGAAUUCUUGCCAUAUUCGUUCCAGUACGGCAUCGUCGACUGUGGCAGUCGCUUCCCGUACUGUCUCCCGGAGCUCUAUUAGAUCACGUGGUAGAGGCGGUAUAUACACCAGAUCUUUAAUGUGUCCCCACAGAAAAAAGUCAGACGGAGUGGGAAUGUUUCCGCACAGUUUUGCAUUGCGGUCCUAACUGAUACCCCAGUGAAGGAAACUUUAAGACAAUAUCAGUUGGAAACGGUGAGGUCACAUGAGAAUAAAUGGUAGCAAUUGCUAAAAACGCUAUUUGAAUCCAGUGAUUCUCAAACAAGAAAUUCUACGGGAUCAUGGACUGAUAAGGGAAAGAAUUUGCUGAAAGUAAGAACAAGGAAAAAUGUGGAUAGGUCUACUUCUGAUGUCAUCAGUGUUCUGACCAAAGGCAGGUCUUCAAAUCGUAACGCUUCUAUCUUCAGCGAUACUCUUCUGGUUAUUGUAAUUUCCGCUUCUCUUCAUGUCGUCUUCAUCUUGUAUCUCCUGCGUAGUCUCAGUCUGCUCCCACGAACUAGUCCUUCCAAAGCGUCUAUUACCAAGCACUCCUGUCUCAACAAAGAAAAUCCCAUCCAGUUCUUCUUUCUUUCUCUUACAGCUUAGAGUAGUCUGAUGAAGAGAAUGAAAAUUGCUUUUGUAUUUAGUGACUGAAACAAUACAACCAAUCAAAAAUAAAUCAUCAAGAAUUGGUCUAGGGCUUUACUUGUAAAAGGUGGGCUCACGAUGAUUGUGCCACAGGAAACACAUUUUUUUGGUGUGUAUAAAUUGCAUCUAAAACAGUAAUAAUGAAUAGGGCUUUAAUUAAGAUUAAAAUUUUUGUGUAGGCCAUAUUACGCUAUCAGGUCGAAGUUUGCCAAAACAUUUGUUUGGUACCAGACAAAUUGUUUUAGUAUGUUCAUUAGUGUAAGAAAGACUGUAACUUUGUUU